GGGAGAGGCUCGUGGUUUUGGGGCAGCCGCCGCGAGGGAGAGAAGGAGGAGAAGUGAAGAUGGGGUUUUUUCUGCUGCUCGCGUUUUUUGGUCCGCCGCCAGGAAGAGAUUCUUCCUCCCUCCUUGCCGGCGCCGGCCGCCUCUCUACUCCCCCUCCUUUCAUCCGGUCCGCACCCCAACGCCGCCAACAGGAAGAGGAGCCGGGCUUCAUCGCCGCCGCCGCCACUGGACCGAUUUUGACUCCUCCUCGCGGCCACAGCCGCCGCCGGUAGCCACUGCUGCCUUCCCCCGCGUCCACAGCCGCCGCGGGUAGCCACUGCUGCCUUCCCCCGCGUCCAUAGCCGCCACCGGCAGCCAACGCUGCCUUUUCCCGCGGCCACAGUCGCCGUUGACAGCCGCAGCUUCCCCAUCUCGCAUCUACUGCCGCUGUCUUUAGUGGAUAUCGUCACCUUCCAGAUAGUCGCAGCUCGAUACUAUUUGGGUUAUUCCAGCCAUCGCGCCGAGGUUGUUCCGGCCAUUGAGUCGUUGGGUUUCACUCUGUGCAUCUCUUAUGAUUAUGAGCUAUCUGUGUUAUCCGGCCUGCGUGCCGCGUAUCGGCCUACGAGCCAUUAUGUCUCGACCUACAUGCCGCUUUCCGGAUCCAGGGCCACGACGACUUGAUCAUUAGCUCGACCAGCUCAUCCAUCCAUCCGAGGGCGCCCCCCUGGGCCAGGGUACGUUCUCGUACCUUCUUUGCAUUUAUUUCAAUAUUCUAUCAUUAUCCGGAUAUUUAUGCAUUUGUGGAAUUCGCCUCGAGCACCGAGGUACCAGAGACCGGGGGGACCCGGUCGCUGGAUACAGGUACAGUUGACCGGAGGAGGACUUCUGACGAUCUGGUCAACGUAGCGGACAGCUCAUCGACUGGGUCAUGAGGAUGCGGUCAACCUUCCAGACACGUCACACCGGCAGAUCCCCGGAGGGCGACGGCGCCGAGCACUGCCAGGACGACGUAGAGGGUGGCGGUCAAGGUGGAGAGGACGACGGCGGCGACGAGGCGGCUACAGAAUUCAUUGUAUCCUCCCAGCUCGCUCUUCUGGACUUUCUCCAGCAACGCGGUGAUGGCCACCGCCGCGCCAUUGGCCGAGAACAGCAUCGCCACCACCACCACAUCGCCGAUGGCCAACAGCAACUUCAGGCAGCCGCCUCCGCCCGCUCGCCUGAGGAUCGACGCCACCAGCGAGCCCACCGAGUAAGCGAACACCAGCGGGUUGAUCACCAAGAAGUAUCUGCAUGCAAAAAGUAAAUUUGAAUAUUUCAAGGUUCAUUUUGAAAAUUUCAGUCCAGUGAGGUCCACACGACUAGUUAAUACUUAAUAAGAGACAAGGGGUAAAAUGUAAUUUUCUUUUGUGAACUUACACGAAGGCGGCGGAUUGGGUUGACUUUA